CCCAGCUUUUGUGCUGGAAGGUGGUCGUGGGUGUGAGCAGCAGAGACACAGCAGCUCUCUGUGGUGACAAGGAGAGGGUGCUUGCACCCUUUCUCCCACAGCUGACCCUAUCAUGAGGGGCAGAUUUUUGGAAUCAUGGAUUUUCCCCUUGUUCUUAGCUGGCUUCAUUCAGCCAACUCUGGGACAGGAACAGUCACAGAAGGUCAACUGCUAUGACUCGACAGAUGGAACAGUCUAUAACUAUGGAGCCCUUACCUUAGAUGGUAAUGAGUAUAUUCCUUUCCGGCACUAUGCUGGGAAGUUGAUCCUCUUUGUCAAUGUGGCCUCCUUCUGAGGACUCACGAUGCAAUACCUUGAACUGAAUGCACUACAAACUUCAUUGGGGCGUUAUGGCCUAGUCAUCCUGGGUUUUCCAUCCAAUCAGUUUGGAAAACAAGAACCUUCCGAGAACAAUGAAAUCCUUAACACAGUGAAAUAUGUAAGACCAGGGGGAGGGUUUGUUCCAAAUUUCCAGCUCUUUCAGAAAGGAGAUGUGAAUGGGGAGAAUGAACAAAAGAUCUAUACCUUUCUAAAGAACUCUUGCCCACCUGUUUCAGAAAGCUUUGGUAAUGUUUCUGGGAGACUUUUCUGGCAUCCUGUGAAGAUCCAUGAUAUCAGGUGGAAUUUUGAGAAGUUUUUGGUCAGUAAAGAAGGGAAGCCUGUGAUGAGAUGGCAUCCCAAAACUAAUGUUGCCACUGUGAAGAAUGACAUCGUAAAGUACAUGAAGAGCCAGGGGAUGCUGUAUGGCUAGAGUCCAUGCAGACUCAGGGAAGUGAGCUGAGGGGGAGGGAAGAAUGCUACUUUAUCCAGAACCAAGUCAUAAAUCAAAGAGUAGAUCAUCAUAAGUAUUAAACAGAAUGCUUUUUAAUAGCAGCAUCACUUGCACAUUUGCCCCCCACCGCAUGACAGAGUGUAACAUCCAUUUUUUAAUUUACAGAUAUCCCAAUACAUUUGGGGGAACUUGACCUUGAGUCAAUCCAGCCAUUCAGUCUCUCCCACUUCAGGUUCCGCACAGGCAAAGGUCCAUCCCUGCAAUAACUAACUGGAGACGUUCCUUGGUCACUCCCACUGUAUUGUAUGAGACUCUGACAGUGCCAUCCCAAACAAUGAACUUCUAAGGGUGUAUUUGGGAUUGCACGGUGAGUGUAGUGCAGUGGCCAAGAUUCCUGUGGUUGGGCUCCAAAGAAGAGCAGUUGUUAUAGGAAUAACAUGGAAAUCACAUGUCCCCUCCCCUUGUUAACUUAUUUAUGAAGCAAGUGCAUUACACUAAGCCACCCCCUGUUCAUGCCUUCUGUUUAUUGCUUGACACUGCUUUGCAAAGCUGUGAUAACAGCUGGAGGAUGUCACUCCUGAUUCGGUCCAACAAAGCCUCAGUGAGGAGUGGAGACAACAUUUUUGGCACCUCUGGAUAAAAUAUAUUCUCUCCUCCCCCACCCUCCAAAAUACUAAUCAGACCCACCUAAAUAGUGUUUAUGGAUUGAAAAUUCUCAAAAAUCUUUUCUGUCUCUGAGAAUGGGCAAGAAGAUCUAGGGUUCUGGGGACAUGGAAGAUGCAUCAGUAUGACGGUUAAGUCUGAAAGCUCCAGAAGAGUAGACUUAGCCUAAGCCUGCAAGGCAGCAGCAUGGCUCCUUGUGCAUUCAAGCUGUUCUGCAACGCCCUUUGCAAAGAUGCACUCGUCUUCUCAUCCCCAUGGUCUUCAACUUGCCUGUCUUCAACCCAUGCUCUCUGUAUAAAACUUGCCCAAUAAAAGCAUUCACUGAAA